AUGGCUUUUCUCUUGAACCCGCGAUACAUUCUCGCUGUCCACAUGGUUCAGCUUUUCUUGGUCAUCACAGUGAUCGUUCUUGCGGUGGCGCGAAUCUUUAUCAAAGGUGGCCAACUCCGAAGAAAUGACACCAUGGCCCUCAGUAUGGGCGCCAAAUCACUCGGAUUCCUUGCCUAUGAAUUGAUAACGGAGCACUGGCACCGGGCCAGGAGAUGGGCUAGUUUGAAGGCAAACACCAUUCUCAACUGCCUCGAGAUCCUGUUCUGGGCCGCCAUUGCAUUUUUGGCCAUCCAAACCAACGUCAAUUCGUGCCUGGGAACAAGCUGCACGAUCAACUGGGUUAUUGUCGUUCUUGCCAUCAUCACCAGUAUUGUCUCUGCAUAUGCAGCUGCGAUUUUCUACAUUGAAUUCCGCAAGUCUCGACAGCCAGUCUUGACAAGCGAAGUCAUGAUGAGUGACUCCAUGGUACCUUUGGACCAGCAUCGUGGAAGCUACAAGUCGGUUGAUACCGUGUGA